UUUCUCAGAUACACCAUGGUUGUUAUGGGAAAUGAAGAAUGCGUCACGACACCGCUCCUCAUUCGUCCGGCAUCCCUCAAUAAAAAUGAUGUUCUCACUUUGGGAUUAUCAGUUGCGCCACUGAACUCAUGCCAAAUUAAACCACAGCCAAGUAACUUAUCUUUGGGAUUAUCGGUUGCGCCACCGAACUCGUGCGAAACACACAGCCAGUUCGCGAUGAAGUUUCUAUGGGUUCUUUUGAUUUGGUGUCUGACGAAUGAUGCAAAAGGCGUUCGUCUUCACACCUUUGGCAAAAGGAUUUUCUCCUCCCACCUCAUUUGUGCACCGAAAUAUGAAACAGCCGACAAGAUUGAAUGCAAGUUCCAUUUGACAAACAACGGCAAACAAGACUAUUCAGUCCUAAAAUGGCACACACCGCUGGAUGGACUGAAAUCGGAUUGCCUAACAGUCAUUUCCAAUGGCAAGAAGCUACAAUACGAUGGUAUUUACUUGAGGCGCUCUGCUCCAGGCCCUGAUCAGUAUUUACUCAUCAAAGCCGGAAAAACUGUUUCAUCUACGUUCGAUGUUUCAGAUGCGUACGACAUGACCAAAGCUGGCCUGUACUCCAUAGCAGUGGACACUAAUUUAGAAUAUUUAGCGGGUAGUUUAUCAGAGGGCCGGGUUACUCAGGCUGAAGUAGGACACCUGUCCUCCCCUGCUGUGAGUUACAAAAUUUCCAAAGGAAGUUUCAGUAAGGGAACCUUGGGCGAAAGAGCACGCUCUCUCAAGCGAACAAAUCAAUUAUCCAUGAGAAGUUCUCCUUGCCCAGAUAAUGGGGCGGAUGAUUUCGUGGGAGGGUCCAAAUGGUUAAGAAAUAGUACAAAAAAAGCUUUCAAAAUAGCGAUUGCAUGCAUGAAUUUGGCCAUCAAAUAUCUCAAGGAUAAACCAGAAGAGGCAAAAGAAUGGUUCGGAACAGCCUCUGAGAAAGCAAAAGGCCUUUUGAAGGAAACUGUUGGAAAAUUACAGGGCAAAUGGCAUAUAACAUUUGAUUUUAAAGGGGAUCAGUGCUCAGACCAAAUCAUUGCAUACACUUUUUAUGAGGCUUGCUCUUUGUACCUCUGUAAAGCGUACAAAAAGAAAAAAACGUUCAGAGGUAAAGACAGCAAAAUGAGUACCAUAGUUCAUCAGCUGACACACGCCAUAACUAACACCGCUGACUAUGCGCACGGCCCUGAAAGGGUAAAAAAGCUCGCCUCGGAUAAGCCUGAACGCGCUGCCUCAAAUGCUGCUAAUUAUGCGCAUUUAGUGGAAAGUUUACCCCUGAAAUGCCUACUGUUUUGAUCAUUUAUGACAACGUUCGAAAAUUCAAAGGAGGGGCUCAUAUAUCUAGAGGUUUCCGUCAUCCUCCCCCGGCCGAGGCGGGGGUUGGGGUGAAGGAGCUAUGAGUAAUAGGUCAUAAGAGUGAUCCCUUGGGCGGAACAAGUUCCAUAGAUAGUGCAGAAUUAUAUUUAAGGCUGGGGAUCUAUCUAUUGAACUUAGGUAAUGAAAAGGGUAAAGUAAGGUGGCUUCCACUUAAAUAAUUAAUUAAAGCAGGUUAAGAAUAUGUAAACUUUAAAGAGAAAAGCGAAUAAAAGUUGUUUGGUGUUUGAAAGAUAA